AUGUCUCAGCCUGCUCCUACGACAGCGAGAGAACGUGCGACAAUUAUUAAGAAGCAACAAGAAGACGCGUUAGCUAGACUCCCACUCAACUCGCUUUUCAUUGUACUUUGGAUUCGAUCUGACCCUCCUCGUCAAAAUGACUUCCACUGGGGUCACUACUUCCAUACGAGUGCAAUGGGCGGCACCAAAUAUCAUAUGCGAAAUCUUGGCGGAGGUUGGAUGCCUGACCACGGUCCUACUGGCGGAGUGUUUAAAUCCAAUUUUCUGUGUGUCCUCGUCCAAGUUGCCAUUGUUCCAGGGACCCUCUAUGGUCAGCUUGAUCAGACUAUGAGAUCGCACGAUGGGGAUGUCAACAGUAUACCUGGAGUCACCUGCCGUGGCUUUGCUCGAUACAGCAAUGUUGAAGCUUUGCUGCAGGAGUGCAUGGGGAUUGGGAACCAAUAUCGCGCAAGCGCUGCCAUCAAUCAGCAGCCCCGGCCCGUUGUGAGAUCUAGACUAUGUCUCUGA